AUGAAAGGUUACAAGACGACUAAUUAUGAUUUGCCAUCGGAUAUGGAGGAACAAGCCAGCCAUAUAUUAAGGAGAUGUCGUGGGCUUCCACUUGCCAUAUCUACCAUCGGAGGUCUCCUAGCGAAUAGGCCGAAAACAAGCAUAGAGUGGAGGAACCUGCACGAACAUCUUGGGGCAGAGUUGGAGUCUGACCUCCGCAAUAUCACCAAGGUGAUCGUCUCAAGUUAUGAUGGCUUGCCGUAUCACCUGAAAUCCAUCUUCUUGUACCUCAGUAUCUUCCCUGAGAACCAUGAGAUCAGACGCACCCGCUUGCUCAGGCGGUGGAUGGCAGAAGGCUACAUAGCAAAGAACCGCUACAUAGCAAAGAACCGUGACAUAGCAAAGAAGCAUGAUUCAAGCAUGGUGCUCAAGAUCAUCUUGUCCAAGUUCAUCGAGGAGAACCAACUAUUACUCAUCGAGAAGCAUUCCAAUGAGAUUCCACAAAGUGAGUGCUGCAAGGUUUUCAAUGCAAGUGUAAGAGCUCCCGAAGGAAUCGAGAAGUUACAGAACCUGCACAUGUUGGGGGUGGUCAAUGUUGGCAAUGGAAAUGGUGUGGCAGGGAGGCUCAAGAAGCUGACGAACUUGACAAAUUUGAGAAGGUUAGGGCCGGUCGAAGGGCUUACUGAGAAACAAGGGCACGAUCUGUGUCAAUCGAUAGGUGAACUCAGGCGAUUGCAACGGCUUGAAGUGCGCUCUGAUUCACUUACAUUUCUCACUCAAAUGGGUGAACUGCAAGUACCAGCACAUCUUGUUUCCCUGAGGCUGUGUGGGAAUCUGAGUAGUCUACCUAAUUGGAUCGGUUCACUCAAUGAUCUAGCUAAGGUGAAGCUGCUGGGGACACAACUGAAGCACAAAGACAUUGAGCGCCUUCAGAACCUGCGCAACCUGACUUUGCUAGGCCUAUGA